ACAUAACAAAUACGAAUGUAUUGAAAUCUCCCCAGAAGUGUAUCUGGUAAUAACUCAUGGUACUGUACCCACUAGAUGGAGAUGCGGUGUCAUUGUUUAUCAGAGACUGAAUACUCGUUGGUGCUUGUCAUUUCAUUUUUAUAGCGGAGCUGCGUGACUGUUAGGGGGUUUGGCUUGUUUUUGUGAGAGGAAGGGAUCACGUUUCCUCUGCUUUGCCGUCUGGAGUAUCAGCUGCACUUUUUACUUCAGUGUUGAAUGCAAAGAGCAAGCAAGGACAUCUGUCGGUGAGAAAUAUAGACCUACCAAAAGUCCACAUCAGGUGCAAUUGUCAAAGUUCAGGACUGAAGUGCCAGGCUUCAGCAGGACACACAGGCAGAGGACUGAUCAUCGGGCAGUCUCCCUAUGUCAGGCCGAAACGGGUCUGCGAGUGAUGCAGACUGUCGUAUCUCCGAGGACUGUCGGGUCCCAGAUGUGGAACUGAUGGAGCUGGGACCACUGCUGGCAGAGGCAGGUCGACAGACAGCAGAGAAAGGCAUGGUGUCAGAGGGGGCAUCAGUCCUACCUGAUGAUGAAGACGAGGAUGAGGACGAUGAAGAUGUGGAAGAGGUCCUGACACUGCCCCUCCAGGCUCACCACGCCAUGGAGAAGAUGGAGGAGUUUGUGCACAAAGUCUGGGAGGGUCGCUGGAGAGUCAUCCCUUUUCACGUCCUGCCAGAGUGGUUGAAGGACAAUGACUACCUCUUGCAUGGCCACCGCCCCCCCAUGCCCUCCUUCCGUGCCUGUUUUGGAAGUAUCUUCAGGAUCCACACUGAAACAGGCAACAUUUGGACCCACCUUCUGGGGCUGAUCCUGUUCAUUUGCCUGGGCACGUACACCAUUCUGCGGCCCAACAUGUACUUUAUGGCCCCCCUGCAAGAGAAGGUGGUGUUUGGAAUGUUCUUUCUGGGCGCUGUGCUCUGCCUCAGCUUCUCCUGGCUCUUCCACACCGUCUACUGCCACUCCGAGAAGGUUUCCCGCACCUUCUCCAAGCUUGACUACUCUGGUAUCGCCCUGCUGAUCAUGGGUUCGUUUGUGCCCUGGCUCUACUACUCAUUCUACUGUUCCCCGCAACCGCGGCUCAUCUACCUCACCAUUGUCUGUGUGCUGGGCAUUGCUGCGAUCAUAGUGGCCCAGUGGGAGCGCUUCUCCACGCCCGCACAUCGUCCCACACGAGCAGGGGUGUUCAUGGGCCUGGGCCUGAGCGGCAUCGUCCCCACAGUGCACUUCACCAUUGAGGAGGGUUUUGUCAAGGCCACCACGGUGGGACAGAUGGGCUGGUUCUACCUGAUGGGUGCCAUGUACAUCACCGGCGCCGGACUAUACGCCGCCCGGAUUCCCGAGCGCUAUUUCCCUGGCAAAUGUGACAUCUGGUUCCACUCCCAUCAGAUCUUCCAUGUCCUGGUGGUGGCGGCAGCCUUCAUCCACUUCUAUGGCGUCUCCAACCUGCAGGAGUUCCGCUAUGGCCUGGAGGGAGGCUGCACUGACGACACUCUUCUCUGAGAGGCCCAGCUGUGGCCGACUCAGAUGUUUCCUGGUCCAUCCCCCUCCCUUCCCUCUCUCUCCCUAUAAAGUGCUGCUGGAACAUGCCAUGGUCCCAUAGCUAAUUCUCACCACCCUCUUCUCCCCCCUUGAUUUGCUUGUCAUUUUGGGGUUUCUGGUGGUGUUUUUUCUGCUUAUUAGGGCAUCCCGGUGAUGCAGCACCACUUUUUUUUUUAAACACAACUGAGCUCUAGGCUCCGCUUUAAGAACAACAGGGGGUUUUGACCAGAUAAAUUACAUAUUCACUUGGGAAGAAGGAAGUUCAGAGGCUGUGUUUAGACAAGCAGCACAGUUCAGUUCAUGUUUCAUUAGCUUGUAUUUUGAUUCGAUUUUUUUCAAAUCAGGUCUUUUUGAGAGUUGAUCUGAUAGGUAAAUGUGACCAGUUAGUGAAAGGACAAAAAAUCUGAAUUGGACUACCUAUGUAAAUGUAGCUAGAGCGGAAUAGAGAGCAAUUUAUGGUGUCUCUCUUGGCCUCUACAGUUUUCUUCAUCAAGCUGUAUGACGCUAAUGUGAUAGAAUGGAUCCGGGUUGGGGUCAGUCUAUUCUAUUUUGGUUUUGUCAGUACAAGGAAGUAAUUGAAAUUCAAUUGAUGAGUAGAAAAUGUUAACGCCCUAAAAAAGUGAGCAUUACAACAAUUUAUUGGCAUUUUCGAUUUUGUUGAUUUUAGUUAACAUGCCAUCGACCCCAUCCCUGACAUGGGUUAUAGAACUGGAAGGCUAACAUUUAAUGACUUCCUACUAGAAAUGGUGCUUUGUACCCUUAUCCCUAAUGUCCCUUUUCAAUUGAACACAAUCUUUUCAAUCGCAUAUGAUUGAUUGCUGGUAUGAAACUAACGGUAAAACGCACAAUGGGGAAAAUCUGGGAGUAGGUCAACUCUUUCCCUUCUCAGCUUGAGAUUUUUCUUUUUUAAGGCUCUAUUUCAGAACUCUAAAGGUCAAAUUAUUAGUCACUGCGUGGGGCACUCCAUUCAGUAAGUAGGAAUAAUACUGUAGUAUUCCUAUGCCUUAGGCCAAUGGAAAUAGUUUUUAAAUAGAUGGACCAAUAUUUCAGUCAAGUGAAGCUAAUUAGGAUGUCCAGAUAUAAUGAUAGAAACCUUGUUUUGUUUAUACCCAAUCAAAUCACUAUUGAACUUUUGACCUCCAACAAUAGCGUUCUCAAACUGCUGUUUAUUAAGACAACCUUUUUUAAAAGCUGGCUUUAUGUGGCUUUCUUACAAAGACUAAACAAUCUGUGUAUUCUUGACUUGUGUUGUGUCCAGUGUAGACAAGUUGAUGGAUUCUACAUUUCCCUGAAAUGUAAACACAUAAUAAAUAUUUAUUAAUGGGGAUAUCAAGCCUUUUUUUUGUA